AUGGUGAAUUUUUCUCACGAUCGUUGUGAGGACCCUUCAGAACUACCAUUAAGAAUACCGAGUGACUUUGCAGCGGAGCAUCCGGUGACUUUGAACCCGCAACUGCGAAGCUGUCUCAUGAAAAAAAAGUUGCUACCACCCUUCGUAAAAUUCAAGCAACGCUAUGUGGUUGCGCCAGAAUACAAGUUAGGAAAUUGCUUAAUCGAGAAGGUGAUGAGCACGUUCCAAGUUAGAUUAUUCUGCUAUUUAAACAAACCGUGGCUGUUCGGAAAAGGCAAAAAAGGCAUUACUGGUGGGAGAUGGGAAGACAGGCUCUGCAAGGAGGGGAGUUUUCGAAAAGCAUCAAAAGGAACAGUUUUGCGUUCACUUGGGAACGAUCCUAUAUUUUUUAUCGUUACUCGGAAUCCUUUACAGCGAUUUGUCAGCGCAUUUAUGCAGUUAUGUAUGAACGAUGAGAAAAUCUACUGUUCUGAUGGUGGCCGAGAUAUAUCAUGUUUUCUACCGAGACUCCGCGAUCUACUGUUUUCGUACUACCACAAUCCAAAAAAGAAGUAUUCGACUGAAGGGCCGCUUCAAAUGUCCCAUUUUGCUCCAAUGACAUGGUACUGCUCUUCAUUUCCUUUUUUGAAGUUUGUACGCGUGAUUCGUCACGAUAUUUUGCAAAGAGAAGAAAUGGCGAAGACAUACGAUAGCUUAUUCAAAAUUGCGGGUGUUCCGAUGCAGCAAAGAUCAUAUAUCCGUUCCGAAUUAACGGGGGGCCUCCCUCCUCAUGCGACAUGGAACAAAGCAGAUCGAAUCGACAUCCAGAAUGAAUUGCUCUCAAACAAUACUCUUUUAGAGAUCUUCUUACAACUAUACUACCAUGACUUUGUUAUUUUCGGUUAUGAUUUCCCAACGCCCCGGUAUACGCAGUAA